AUGCUGCUCUUCUGCCCGGCCUGCGGCAACGUGCUGGUGGCCGAGGAGGGGCCGCGCUGCCACCGCUUCGCCUGCACCACCUGCCCCUACGUGCGCAACGUCACGCGGAAGGUGACGAGCAGGAAAUACCCGCGGCUGAAGGAGGUGGACGACGUGCUGGGCGGCGCCGCGGCCUGGGAGAACGUGGACUCCACCGCAGAGCCGUGCCCCAAGUGCGAGCACCCCCGCGCCUACUUCAUGCAGAUCCAGACGCGCUCGGCCGACGAGCCCAUGACCACCUUCUACAAGUGCUGCAACGCGCAGUGCGGGCACCGCUGGCGGGACUGAGGCCGCCCGGGGCCUGA